UUGCAGCAGGCAGGCAGCAGAAGUUCGCCGGGGACGCUGAGCUGUGAUCCGGCAUGGUCCCGGCCGCUGUCAUGUUCCUCCGCUAUCUCCCGUGCAAACCAACAUGUGGAUUACAAGCUGCAAAAAACCUGUGUGGAUUUUGGUCUUUUUAAAGUGGAUUUCCCCGUGGGAGAUAAAAGUUCCUGCUUUGCUGCCUUCAAUGGACUGUCGGCUGUCUUAUCAUCCAGUGGAUUACUUGGGCUGAAAUGCAUUGCUUAACUUGCAGAUAAGUGAACGGGGUACGAGGAGGACAAGUACCAUGUAGCCUUGUGUUGCUUCUAAUCUUUUAACACAAUGCAUUCCCCCCGCGACAAGGAGCUGGCGCUCUUAUCUCGGAAACACCGACUCAUGGCAGCGGCUAUGCCCGGCGAGGACAGCCCUCUGCCGGGCAACACUUCCAGGACUGACCGCAAUGGCCUGGGCGGACUGGUCCACUGUUUUAUAUGUGGAAGCGGAGUAACAGCAGGGAAGGAAAUGAGGCUACAAGUGACAUACCAAAAGGAGAGAUUCCCAUUUUUCCCUUUCCUACAGAACCAGGAGCCAGCCCCGGGUGCAAGUGAGCUGAGCCCAGAUGGUCAUGCGCUGGUGUGCGCGGUGUGCCACUGCUUCCUGGCGGAGCAGUGGAACUCCUUCGAGCGAAGCAGGACGCCCAUCGAGAAACGCAUGUAUUGGCUCAAACGUCCCUAUCAGUGUGACUCUCGCCGGGUACCGCAGGAGUGGAACAUCUCCUACGAACUGGAGAGGAGGAUCAGCACGGGAAGUCACAACUACGACGGUGGCGCGGAGUCAGACUUCUCAUCCUUUUCUGACAACAUGUCAGACCAGGAGAUGGAGGUGAUGGAAAGAGGCAGUGUAAGCAAGGACAAAUGUCCUAGAGCACCGGGCAAAUCGCCGAGGGAUAGCAGCAGGAAAAACAGCGUUAAAAACAGCCCCGGUUCACCGAGGACACUCCCCCGCUUCUCGGUUGGACUUUACGCUGCGCAAGGGUCACCCAAACCGGAGAGCGUCCCGCCUACAAAGCGUGUCGCUAAAGUGAUGAAUAAUGUGCCAUCUUAUCCUCUGUCAAAGUUCCAGGAAAGGACCCCUCAGCGGUGCUAUGAAAGCCCUUUCCCUGACACACCUGUGCAAGACAACGGGGUCAUUAUGAACAGGUUGUGGCUGGAGGAGGAGAGUGGGAGACGUGCUGAGCCGCGUCACAUCCAGCGUGCAACUAACAGCUGCUCUUCACCCGGGGAUCCCUACAGAGGGGGAGAUCUCCCCACUUCUACUGUCAACUCUAAAGGUAAUAGAGAUAUAGCAAUGGGACACAACUCUGAUGAAGAUGAGAUUAACAUCACCAGUGACGAUGACAGGGACAUGCAUGGUAGUAAAAAUGUCAAAGGCGCCCAAUUUGGAACUACUGGAGACCUUUUGACAAAGAAGUUUGCACACUUGCACAACACUGCAGAUGGAUGUGCUUGCUUUAUCUGUGGAAAUGUUCUCAGUCGCAAUGGGAGUUAUAAAGUCAGCGUUCAAAAGCAGGAGGCAGAACAGGGUGAGCCUUUCUUUCCCUUCCUGUGGCUGCACGUCCCACCUCCAGGGGCAUUACCCCUAAGCGCAGCAGGUGCAACCCUGGUGUGUGGAAGCUGUCACGCGUCACUCAUGCAGCAGUGGCACAACUUCCAACAGGCAGAUGUUCCUGUGCUCCAACGUCUCUAUGUUGUCCCGCUUAACCCAGCCGCCAAUGCUCUCCAUCCACACCAGCAAGUCGCCCAACAGGAGAAACCCACUGAGCCAAUGGAGUGUGAUUCCAACGGUGUCCAUGAGGCCUGCUUCCUCUGUGGGCAGGAGUGUGGAGCAGACAAAAAAGUAGUGCAUGCACAGGCUGGUAUGGGUAAAUCUCGUGGUGUGAUGUAUUUCCCCUUCAUCAACAUGCUUCCUUGCCCGCCUAACGCCCAGCCGCUGAGGAACGGGUGUGUGCACUGCUGUUCACAAUGCCUUUUAAUCCUAGAGGACAUUUGGAGUGCAUAUCGUCUCAGUCUCACCGAGGACCUCAUCACCUCAAUCAGCUCCUUCUUGGUCAGGUACCAUUCCGUCAUGGCAAUUGAAGCGUUUGGAUCUGUUCGAUCCCACAGUGGUGCUUCUUCGGAUCGCUCCUCGUCUGUUUGCUACUUGUGUGGAGGGGAGCUACCUGCUGGAGGAGAAUAUCAGCUCCACGUCAACCCCCCUGGACGUUGUGGCGAGAAGGAACCUUUCUUUCCUUUCCUAACAGUCCACCCUCCUGCUCCUGGCGCCAAGCCGGUUGACGCCACAGGCCUGGUGUCAGCCUGCGCCCUCUGCUGCCAUGACUUGCAUGCUCAGUGGGCUCAGCAUGAGAGGAAGGGCCUGGGUUGCUCCACACCCUCCAUGCCCUCAACGUCUGGUUCCUCCAGCUCCCCUUGGGCCCGCCAGUACACCUGUGAGGCUUUCAUGUGCUUCUUCUGCAGGCAGGAGCAGCGCAGGCAAGGGCGGAUGUGCACAGUCACUGUGGCCAGGCUACCAGUCUUCCUCUAUGCACCACGCAGCACUCGCACACUUGUGGUGGAUGAUGGGAGGAGGCUGAUGGUUGGCUCAUGUUUGGAUUGUAAGACCAUGGUGCAGGUGGGCCAGAGCGCAGAAGACAAGGAGAGGCUGGGACACAGGGCCUCACACGGGGAACCGCAAUCAACCUCACCAGAUUCUGGAACACAGACCUGCACUGUGACAGAGGGGCUGACAAGAGCUGGCGAGGAGGCCGACUUGAAGAUCUCUCAACCUGCAGGAGAACACACUCCUCCUCGCACCAUCACCUGUGAGCCAGAGAUAGUGCAGCGACUCGACCGCCCAUGUUCCAGCAUGAGCCAUGAGCCAAAGUCACCAUCCUUAGGAAUGAUCUCCACGGCAACCCGUACAACGGCGACUGUCAGCCCCCUCACCCCGUCGCCUCUUAACGGCUCCAUCGUAGCCAAUGGAAGCCCGGCCUCACAGUCAGCUCACUCUGGAUUCGCCGCAGCCCUCAGAAAACUGGCAAAACAGGCAGAAGAACCACGAGCUGCCUCCUCCAUCAGCAGUGAAUCUUCCCCAGUGUCAUCGCCAGCAACCAAUCACAGCUCUCCAGUCAGUACGCCCAAGAGGGGUCCUCUUGGUCCAGGGCCUGUUCUGGUUCCCCCAGCAGGCCACAGCGUGCCAAACACUCCACCCGUCGUCACCAUUGCGCCAACCAAGACUAGCAACGGCCUCUGGAGGAGCGAGGGACGCCAGGCUGAUUCAGGGCCUCGCGGGGCCAGCAGGGAACGCCUGGGUCCAGAGGGGACCCUCCCCCAGGAAAAAGGUGGCCCUUCAGUCCCUGCCCACCUCCUGGGAAACCCCUAUGCCUUUGGUCUAACCCCCAGUGCUGUGAUGCAAGAUUCACGUUUCCAGGCGCUCAACUUGCCCAGACAGUUGCCUAAUGCAAUGCCGCCUGGUCCUGUACCAGAAGAAUACCUCCGUGGCUUUAGGCCCUAUGCCACAACUGAGGAUGCCCUCCGUAUGCCCUCUUUGCCCUUGGGCCUGGAUCCCGCCACUGCAGCUGCUGCAGCUGCAUACUACCACCCCAGCUAUCUACCACACCCAUCCUUCACCCCAUACAGGAUGGAUGACCCAUUCUGCCUCUCCGCUUUGAGGUCACCUUUCUAUCCACUGCCAGCAGGGGGAGCUUUACCCCCUAUCCAUCCAUCUGCAGUCCAUAUGCAUCUGUCAGGUGUCCGCUAUCCUGGAGACUUCACGCACCCUUCACUUUCAGCACUGCAGUCUGAGAGGCUUCAGCUGGAGGAUGAACUGAGGCAACGAGAGAGGGAGCGGGAACGCGAGCGUGAAAAGGAGCGGGAGCGUGAGGCGGAAAGAGAGAAGGAACGGGAGCGAGAGCGGGAGCGGGAACUUGAGAGAGAGCGAGAACGGGAGCGGGAAAGAGAAAGGGAGCGAGAACGUGAAAGAGAGCGAGAAAGAGAAAGGGAGAAGGAGAGGGAAAGAGAAAAAGAGCUGGAGAGGCAAAAAGAGAGAGUGCUGAGAGAGAAAGAGCUGCAAGCGUCCAAGGUUAUGGAGAGCCAUUACCUGGCUGAGCUCCAUGCCAUGAGGGGUCAAGAGGAACGAGCCAAGCCAGAGAGACUCACCCCUAAUCGGGCUGAUAAAACCAAAGAGCCCCCCCUUCCAGCUCCCAAACCAGUUGCACCAGGACUCCACCCUGCAAUGGUACAAUCGCAUCAUACAGUUUCCGGUCUGAUGUCAGGGCACAGCCUCUACAUGGGGCCUAGUGCUGUGGGGACCGGUCUCCCGACCUCUAUAAUCGCUCCCAGAAACAGUGAAGAGGAGAGGUGGUUGGCAAGGCAGCGCAAGCUGCGGCAAGAGAAAGCAGAUCGUCAGUACCAGGUUUCUGAAUUCCGCCAGCAGGUUCUGGAACAGCAUCUGGACUUGGGACGGACCGCUGAAGCACCAGAACACAGGUCAGACUUGCACAGACAAAAUAACCAUGAACCAGGAAACCGCGAUCUCCACUCCCACUUAGGUGCCCCUCCACCCCUCAUCUCCCCCAAACCACCCCAGCAAACACGUGAACACCACCCUCCACCUCCCACAACUUUGUGGAACCCGGCAUCUCUAAUAGAAACACCCACAGAGUCCAGACGCAACCACGAUCCCUCAGGGAUGGGACACUUUGAGCUCAGUCGACUGCCCCCCGGCCCCUCCAAAUAUGACGAUGUAGCCAGGAGGAGAGACACCGGAGGAAUGGACAAGUAUCCCCAACCGAGAGGACUUCCGGGUUUGCCAGAGCCCAGCACAUUUCUUGCUGAUCUAGAGAAAUCCACUCACUCUUUCUUCAGCCAGCAGAGGGGUUCCAUGUCCCUCACCAGCCAGUACGAGCUGGAUGGAGCCGUCAAAAGCAAUGCUGGGCUGAAGAGUCACCACGGACAGAGUCGACAUGCACAAGGAGGGUUGGUCUCUGGGUCAGGCCUGGGACAUGUGGUGCCAGACACAAUGCUGAUCUAUGAUGAGAUUCUUCAGCAACACAGAAGGCCCGUCAGUAAACUGGACUUGGAGGAGAAGAGGAAGAGGGAGGCCAAGGAGAAAGGUUACUACUAUGAGCUGGAUGACUCAUAUGAUGAAAGUGAUGAGGAGGAGGUCAGGGCACAUCUCAGAAGGGUAGCAGAGCAGCCCCCACUUAAACUUGAUGACUCCACAGAGAAAUUGGACUUCUUGGCAAUGUUCAGCCUGACCACUGUGGGUCGGCGAGAUGAACUGGUGCAGCAGAAGAGAAGAAAGAGGCGGCGGAUGCUCAGGGAGAGAAGCCCCUCACCAGCUGCCUCACAGUCGAAACGCACUCCUCCUCCUCCUCCUCCCGCGCAACUCAGCACGCGCUUCACCCCCGAGGAGAUGGACCAAGUGCCAGAGCUGGAGGAAAAGAAGCGCUUCCUUACCAUGUUCAAACUUUCCCAUGUCACACUUCAGCAGAGAAGAGAUAAUGAAAGGGUAGUUGAGAUGCUUCAAGCCAUUAAAGAGAAGAGUGUUACCUUGGAUACCAUCAGACAUGCCCCUCAUCUGCUGUGUAAGAGCCCUCCAGCACAGCUCCCUGAUUCAUCAUGUUCCCAACCCGCCUCGGAAUCUGAAGACCACAAUGGUGUCAGGCCGCACAGCCCUUCGUCGCAUUGCCCGUCGUCCCCUAAUAGUCAUCCAAAACCCCUCGGGGACACGCUAAGACCAAAGGAUCCUCCUUCUCCAGCUGUCUAUCCAGACAAGGCCCGGGGGCCUACCGAAGGCCCAAUCUCCAAGAGGAGUUCAAGCCUGCUGAACAGCUUGCGGCCCCCACUCCCCCUACACGCUAAAGAGGGACUCCACAGCAUGAAUGGUCGCACCAAACCCUGGGACAGCUUCACCCCGGAAGAAUUUGCCCAGCAGUUCCAUGAAUCUGUGCUGCAGUCCACUCAGAAGGCGCUGCAGAAACACAAAGGUGGGGCCCCAGGGAUGUCAGAGUCCUCUCCCUUGCAGGAGUCCUCUGUCCAUUACAACAUUCCCGAGCUCCAGAGCGCCCCUGGCAGACCACAUUCUCAUUCACACUCAACAAGCGCGCAUCCGUCAGCUCAUGUAGUCGUGCACGCACACCCUCAGCCCAACGGGCAGCACUUCUCCGCACCGAUGCACCGCAACGCCUCAGGGACGAGGGAGGACCUGUCUGCCUCAGAGGAGGAGGACCAAGAGGAGGAGGGGGAGGAAGAGGAGGUGCCAACUUCCAAGUGGCAAGGGAUUGAAUCCAUAUUUGAAGCAUAUCAGGAAUAUUUUGAAGAACAAAGUCUGGAGCGACAUGUGUUGCAGAGCCAGUGUCGACGACUAGAAGCUCAAAACUACAACCUCAGUCUCACUGCUGAACAACUGUCUCACACCAUGGGGGAGCUGAUGUCCCAGAGGCAGAAGCUGGCGGUGGAAAGGGAGAAGCUGCAAGCGGAGCUGGAGCACUUCAGGAAGUGUUUGACUCUGCCACAGACACACUGGCCCAGAGGUGGACAUUACAAGGGCUACCCUCCCAGGUGACAACACCCAUCCAAGAAAGGCCUCCCUGUCCCCGGCUGCUUCUCCUCUCAAACUGACAGUAAAUCUAUCCCUGGCCUCCUCGGCUCCAGGGUGAAGCAGGCUGAAUGAAAAGUGAAGGAAGCCAACGUGUGCCAACGCAGUCACUACAGAGAGCAGCACACACUCUCACAUCUGCUUUUCACACUUUUUUUCUUCAGCCCGGGCCGCCCUCGCUGCCAUCCUGUCACAGACAAUCCUGCCAAUGAGGGAGUGGCCCUCCUCCCUAGGAGAGGACACGUUCCAAAUAAAGUCCAUAAGAACGUGAUGCGGCCGACCGGGCAGUGAAGUCAUCCUGGCGGCCGUGAGAGCGUUGGAAGUGGACGUGCACUUAAGAAUAAAAAGCUGAAGAACUACCUGGUGGUACUGUGUUACAAGAAAGACAUCUUUCAAUUUGGGCAGAAAUGCACAUUUUGUUUUUGGAAAUAAUUAAAGGAAAUGUUUUAUUUCAGAAUAGGAAAUUUGAGAAUAAGAAUUUAAAAAGGUGUUUCAGCCUUAUAUUGUAUAUAAUAUGAAGACUUAAAAGAAUUUUUGUAUGUUUAUUAUUUUAAUCAUUGUUCUUUAAAAAAAAAAAAAGCCUGCCAUUUUUAUAUGUUAAUGCUUUUUGGGGGGUUUGGAAAAGCAAGCCUUGCUUUUAGUGUUUGUACUGCUGCUGGCCAGAACAGCUCAUUCUGACAACAGAAAACAGGAUCUCGUCACCUUUUUAUUCACAGCAAAGUGUGACGCUCCUCUCAAAAUGUGUCCCUGCCGCUGCUGGGUUGUUUUUUUUAAAUUUUUUUCUUUGAGAGACAUGAAGUAAAGCCACCAGUUUAGGUUGCUGGUUCCUGAAGACUCCUCAUAUCAAGCAUCAAGUGAUAGGCCUUUACCACAUCCCAAUCUUUUGUCCACAACCACGAGGGGCCUCGUGCCAAACUAAUUGAAAUUAUUUCGCCAAAAAAAAACGGCCACAAGAGAAAUAAGCUGAAAGCCUAAAACGCCAGUUAUGCUAUGUUCAAGGAACCUAAUUAAACAAUGACUUGCCAACUUGUGACAAAAUUUACAGCCUCCUUACUGACUUUAGCACUGAAGCUAUUAAUGACCUACAAGGACUGGGGAUUUCAAUAAAUUAAUUUGGGAAUUGUGCAGAAAGAUGAUCAUUAAAGCUGAAGCACAACAUCAGUCUACGAAUAAGUGCCUCCAUUAUUUUCAGUCACUGAUCAAACUUGCAUGGAACUCACAUUCAUGUCACUUCUGCCAGAACACUGCAGCCUUAUUGGCUGGAAUGCCAGGUGAGCUUCAGACAGUACUGCAUAAGCCCCGCCCCCCUCUGUCACCAACCACAUAUGGACGGCCAUGCAAAAAUAGCUCCAGUGGGGGAUGUCUAGAUGCUGUGAAUCCUGUUUUCAAACAUGUUUGUUUGAACCCAUUGUAAUGUAAUAUAUUUGUUGAAUGUAGUAAUUAGGUAUUUUAGGUAUUUAUGAAUAUAUGGCUGUGAUUUCAGACAAAAAAGAAAAUAAAAUAUUUCAAA